CGGCUGCACUGCCGCGCCACCGCCUGCUGCGAGUCCCGGAGCGAAGCGGGACACGGCAACUAGCGCAGCUCCGAUGUUCAGAGGAAGUCAUGACAGAGGCACUCCAGAGCCUUACUCCUGGAGCUGUUUCAAACCAGCCUGCCACGGAAAAUCCCUAAUCUUGAGAGAGAUUUCUACAACUCUUUCCUGUGCUCCUCACGAAGACAAAAGCAAAAAACAAAACAAAACAAAAAACAAAUUAUAGCCAGAAAAGCAUCCUCUGGAGCCAGGGCUUUCUGACAAAUGUCGCCUCCAUCUUGUCCCAGCCCACCCCCUGCUGAGCCUGGAGUCCUGACUCCCACCAUGAGCGCCGAGCUCAAUGUGCCUGUGGACCCCUCCAACCCUGCCUGCCCUGAACCUGGCCAUAAAGGCAUGGAUUACCGGGACUGGGUCCGCCGCAGCUACCUAGAACUGGUCACCUCCAACCACCACUCAGUUCAGGCACUGUCCUGGAGGAAGCUGUACCUGAGCAGGGCCAAGCUGAAGGCCUCCAGCAGGACCUCCGCCCUCCUUUCCGGUUUCGCCAUGGUGGCCAUGGUGGAGGUGCAGCUGGAGACGCAGUACCAGUACCCGCGGCCGCUGCUCAUCGCCUUCAGCGCCUGCACCACGGUGCUCGUGGCUGUGCACCUGUUCGCCCUUCUCAUCAGCACGUGCAUCCUGCCCAACGUGGAGGCCGUGAGCAACAUCCACAACCUCAACUCCAUCAGCGAGUCUCCACAUGAGCGCAUGCACCCCUACAUUGAGCUGGCCUGGGGCUUCUCCACUGUGCUCGGCAUCCUGCUCUUCCUGGCUGAGGUGGUGCUGCUCUGCUGGAUCAAGUUCCUUCCUGUAGAUGACAGACACCAACUCGGCCCUGCAUCCAGCAACCACACGGGCUGGCAGGCUGCUCUGGUGUCCACUAUCAUCAUGGUACCUGUGGGCCUCAUCUUCGUGGUCUUCACCAUCCACUUCUACCGCUCGCUGGUGCGCCACAAGACCGAGCGCCACAACCGAGAGAUCGAGGAGCUGCACAAGCUCAAGGUGCAGCUGGAUGGGCAGGAGCGAAGCCUGCAGGUGGUGUGAGGGGCUGGGGGCUCUGUGAAGACAGAUGGUGCGGCAGGCUGCUUAGACACUGCCAGACGGUCUAAGGCCAAAGUUUCCUGCUGUUUUAGUGCCGUAAUCUGGUUGCUGGUCCCUGGAACCGGCUCCAUUGAUGUGGGGGUUCUGUGGCCAAGAGCCACCUCCCUGGCCCUGGGCACUUCCUGGGUUGGGGGAAAGCCCAAGAAGCCCUGUCCCAGGAAAGGCUCCAGGCAGCACCAGUGUUCAGGGGGCAUCUGAGAGUGAACUGGAACUGGGGCUGUGAGUUCGAGGUUUUACCCCCAGCAUGCAGAACUGGACUUCGUGGUUGCCUGCUGGCUGAGCAGGCCCAUGUGAGUGAUUAGCAGGACUGCUGGUCUAAUUUGGUGCUUUCCUCUCAGCCUUGGAGGGAGCUGCAUGGCCUGGCUGGUCGGGGGGAAAGCAGGAGCCAGAGGCACAGUCAGCUUGUGAGGUAUGGUGGGUACUGCAGUG